AAAUUUUGAACGCUCUCGCUUGGAGACAGUCGUCGGUUAAUCGUUUGCCUAUAGUAAGUUGUAAGUCGAUUCAUCGUUCUCGAAGCAUACAUCUAGUUUCUCAAUCAACAACCUGUUGAUUUGCAUUAUUGUAGUUUAUAGCAUUUUUCAUCUAUGUUCACUGCCUUGAUGACCUCAUAAAUGAAUUUAUGAAUUUAUCAAAAAUGGAUAAUACCGAAAAUAUACCUAAGUAUAAGUGGACGCCUGAAAGUACAUCUUUAUUGGUUUCUAUAUGGUCAGAUAACCAAGUGCAAAAGCAAUUUGAAUAUGCUACAAAAACAAUACUUAUAUGGGAGAGCGUAGCUAGAUAUAUGAAAAAAAAAGGAUAUAAUGUUUCAGCAAAGCAAUGUCGUUCAAGAAUGAAACAAGUAUUAAUAUGUUAUCGUGAAGCAAAAAAAGCAGGUACUCGUGCUGACGUAGAACAAUAUUAUGAAUUAAUUGACAAGGUUACUAGAGGUAAACGCUUGGAAAAUAAUAUUGAUAAUGGAAUCGAUACAGUAGAUACUGCAAUAAAUAUAAAAUCUCUUCCGAAAGAUGUGAAAUCAUCUAAAAACCUCCAAAUGCGGUAUAAGUGUAAAGAACCAGUACAAUCUAUUCUUCGUACAGAAGCUCUCUCUCCAACGUGGCCAAUUGGCUGUGAAUUCGAAUAUCCUGAUUCUCCAGAAUCAAGUGAAACUGUUAUAGCUCGACCUUAUGGUGUCCUUUCUCCUACAAAAGAUGUUGCUGUUAAUACUUGUAUGCAAGAAAAGAGCACAAAGAGCCAACGCAUUUCUGUUCCUAUAGAAGAACCGAUCAAAGAAUGUAGACAAAACAUAUUUUCCAGUUAUCCAUAUGGAGAUAUUCCUUAUCAAAAUAGUGUACAGAAUGUACAAAAUCAAAUAAUACAAGAAAAUAUGCAGCAUAAUCAGAAUUUCUUACAAAAUCAUAUGUAUAAUCAAAUGCAGCAACAAAAUAUGUUUGUUCCUGGUUUAGGUUUUCAAAAUAACAUAACCCAAGAAAGAAUGCCACAUUUUAUUAAUGAUGCAACACAAACUGCUACUUUACCUAUUAUGAAUCCUAAUAUUUUAAGGCAACAUAACCAGUUACAUCAAAUUGCAAUGACGAAUAAUAGGGCAGUGCCACAAGAACCACAAAAAAUUAUUUAUGGACAAAACAUAGCAUCAGGUACUUACAGACGUUAUCAAAAUAUUGUUCCAAGAUCUACUACAAUAGAUGCAGAACAAUAUGGAUCUACCUCUCCGGAUUACCUGCCAGAUGUAACGUCAAAUUUAAAUGUAGCUUUCUGUGAAGCAGAAAAUGACAAAAAAAAGCAUAAUUUGAAUGAGACUUAUAAUCGUUCAUUACAAACAGAUAAUUUUACUCAAGCAAAUCCUGAAGUUUCAGUAAUAACAAAUAAUGCAACUUAUAACGACAAUAGUCUUUUAUUGGACUAUUCAAUAGAUUCUCUUACUCCAUCAGAAAAUGAUAAUAAAUCAAAAGAUACAGCUGUAAAUACAGAAAAUAUGCCAGAUGUUCCAAUAAGAAAAAAGAAAGCACAGAAACUGGAACAACUUGUUGUUAAUGCAAUUAAUUCCCAAAACGAUGUUGUUAAUAAGAUACUUGCAGCACAAAAUGAUAUGGUAUCUAAAUUUUUGAACUUGGAUAGAGAUCGACAAAGUAAAUUAGAAGAUCGGUUAGAUCAUUUAUUGAAUGUUGUUCAUACUAAAGUCCUUAAUAAGAAUACAAACGAAGAACUAGAAAAUCAGCCAUCUUCUGAAGAACCAGCUAUAAUUACUUUAUGUCCACCACCAAAACCAGGAGCGAUUCCUCCGAAAUUGGAUUUAGUUCCUCCAAAACCAUGUCGUGUACCUUGUACGCUACCAAGUUCUAAUGUAGAAUUGGUCAAUAAGAAUCCUAUAUUAACAAAACCUGGUAUUGUUUCACCAAUAACCAGUCCAUCAAAAAAACCAGGUACGAUUUGGUCGAAAUUGGGACCUGUAUCGCAGUCUCCAUUUGUUAAAGCUCAACAAAGAUUGGGACUACAACCUACUUUUAAUACAGAAAUACGGACAAAAUCUUCGGCAGAAAGACGUAUUGCUAAAGAAGUUGGAAACAUGAAAUUUGACAUAGAAACAUUAAUAACUGAAACGACUACAUUUUUAGAAAUGGAGAGACAAAUUGAGGAGAAAGUUGAAAAUGCAAGACUCCAGCAAAGCAUGAGACAAAGCUUACAUGCACGGAGAAAGUUAUUUACACAAAGAGAGCCUACAGCAGCAAUGAUACUUACAGCUGCUUUCUUAGAAACAGAACGACAAAUGUCAGAAAAGUUUACGAGUUGUUUAAAAUCUGCAAAUUCAAAUAAAAGUAAUUUUAAAAAAGUAAUGGAUAACAGUUUACUUUCUGGUCAAGGUGAACAUUAUGAAUAUUUACAACAUUUAAAUCAACCUAAUGUUCAAUCAUGCUAUGUACCAUGUGAUACUUCUACACCAGCUAAAGUAGUAACAAACUCUAAAUAUUCCGAAGAGCUUCAUAAAGUAGUACCCAAACAGACAAUUCAACAAUUAGCUCAACUUGUAAUGAAUAGCGCAAGAUGGAGAAAUCUUCCCACUCAGAAUGAACAAUUUAUGGAACAAGAAAGAAAACAGAAUGUUUAUACUGCUCCGAAAAUGAAUGUUCAAUUGCCUUCAGAAAUAAAAGAAGAGAAGCAAGAUGUUCGUAAAGGAUUUCUAUAUAAUCAUAAUAUUUAUUCUACAGAACCAGUAAAUGAACAGCCGAAUAUAUACAAGUCUUCAUUGCAUACUGAACCACCAUCACAAAAACCUGUGCUUCCUAUGGGUUUUACUACUACUAUGCUAAAUAAAGAGAUAAUAAAAGAUAAUGAGCUUGUAAAAAAUACUAAAUCCAUAGAAUUUUUGGAUAAUAUAGUUGAUCGCAAGCAGCAGAACGUGCGUUUUAUGGACGAGGCUUUAGCGGAACUUCAAAGAAUGUACAUUGAAAAAAAUAAUAAUGAACUACAAAAAACAACUGAGAUUUCACCAGUUUUUAUAAACAAUGAUAAUUUUAAUGGCUAUAAUCAAAACAUGAUCGAACGAUAUAUACGUGAAAUACCAAAAAAACAGUUCGGAAAUGUUAAAAAUAAGGAGGUAGAUUCGGAUGAUGAUGAAUUUUUGGAUACUACAACAAGCAUGCCUCCAGUAAUUAAACGCAGAGGAUCUAUAACUUCAACAGGCACGACAUCAAGUGAAGCUGCUCAUUCAAUGAAAUCAAAUAAGCUAACUCCUGCCAAUUGUAUAAUUAGUUAACUCUAAUGAAAAACACUUUGUACUUUUUUCUUGAGUUAAUUUUAUAUCGCAGUAAGUUAAAUGAUGUUAGCAAACUUUUCUUCACAAAGUAAAUCAUUAUAUUUAGCAUAGAUAUUUUUAGAUUGUAAUUAAUAUAGAUCUGUUAUCUAUUUUAAAAGAAUUGAUUUUGAAGUUGAAUAUACUUAAAUAAUAUAAUUAAUAAUAAAAGUGCCUUAUUAAUUUUUAAGCAAAUAUCAGUAUAAUAAAAUAUUGCAUUGUUAUAAUCAAAAAAU